AUGUCACGAUUCGUCCGCGCGUCCAAGUACCGACAUGUGUUUGGCCAGCAGGGCAAGAAGGAGUACGGGUACGACAACGUAAAGGUCACAAACAGCGCAUGGGACACCAACAUCGUCGCCGCCUCCACCCGGUACAUCUCCCUCAACUGGAACGCGUCUGGCGGCGGCGCGUUUGCCAUCCUCCCCCUCCCCACUCCCUUUGCCGAGCACGGCCUCUCCUCCAAGCUCCCCGAUCUCAUCCCCCUCGCACGCGGCCACUCCGGCCCCGUCCUCGACACCGACUGGUCCCCCUUCAACGACGCCGUCGUCGCCUCCGCAGGCGAGGACGGCAAGGCCCUCAUCUGGUCCGUCGAGUCUUCUGCGUUCGAGGGCUGGGGACAGGACGGCUGGGAGCCGCAAGACUUUGACCCCGUCGCCCGCAUCGAUGUCUCGCCUCGCCGUGUCGGCCACGUCCUCUUCCACCCUACCGCGAACAACGUCCUCGCGACCACCACGGGCGACCACGUCGUGAAGAUUUGGGACCUCGCUAGCCCGGAGAGCGCGAAGAUUACGUUUGGCGGCCAUGCGGACGCCAUCCAGAGUCUCGCCUGGAACCCGACCGGCACGCUCCUCGCGACGACCUGCAGGGACCGCAAGAUUCGCUUCUUCGACCCGCGAGCGGGUGGUGAUGCCGUCCGUACCGGCGAGGGCCACACUGGUAUCAAGGGCGCGCGUAUUACGUGGUUGGGCGACAAGGACCGCAUCGCGACCACUGGCUUUAGCAAAAUGAGCGACCGCCAGGUCGCCAUCUGGGAGACCGGCAGCCUCGCGAACGUCAAGACGACCACCAUCGACCAGUCUUCUGGCGUGCUCAUGCCGUUCUGGACAGACAACAACAUCCUCUUCCUCGCCGGCAAGGGUGACGGAAACAUCCGGUACUACGAGUACGAGAACGACAGCCUCUUCCCGCUCUCCGAGUACAAGUCCUCCGAGCCCCAGCGCGGCAUGUGCUUCCUCCCCCGCCGCGGCCUCAGCGUCUCCGACUGCGAGAUCGCGCGCGCGUACAAGGUCGCCGCGUCCUCGAUCGAAGCUAUCGCGUUCAUCGUCCCCCGAAAGUCGGACUCCUUCCAGUCAGACAUCUUCCCGCCCGCGCCGUCCGCCGAGCCCGCGCUCACCGCCGCCGAGUUCUUCGCCGGCAAGACCGCCGCGCCCAAGUACGUCUCCCUCGAGGACGGCUCCGUCUCCGCCGGCACCGCGCCCCUCGCCCUCCCCACCCCCGCCCCCGCGCCUACCCCGACCAGGACCUCCUCUGCCCCCGCCCCCGCGCCGGCCCCGGCCCCGGUUAUCCAGGUGCACGAGGAGCCGCCGAGCCCUGCGCCGGUGACGUCGCGGUACGAACCUGAGGCGCGUGCGCCCGCGCGUUCGCAGACCAACCCCUCCGAUGACGCGCCCGUGGCGGCGCUGAGGGAGGAGAAUGCAAGGCUGACGGGCGAGCUGCGCGAUGCGCGCGAGAAGAUUCGGAACUUGGAGCUGCAGGUCGAGGCUGUGCGCGCGAACGCGCGCAAGGCUGCUGCGCUGCUCGACGGCUGA